AAGAAGAAUCAUAACACCAAACAAAAGUAAAACAUCUUUCAAGUUUCUAUGUUCUUCUCAUUUGGUUAAUUUCUUUUCACCUUUGAAACUAGAGCAUGCCAUUGUCAUUACAAUGUCUUUAUUUUCUACUCUCCGUCGAUCCUCCUUCAUCCGAUGCUUUCGAACUUCGACCACACAAUCUUCUUCCUUUACACCAUCGUUACCGAAUACCAACCCACCUCGAUAUCCAAAGUUGGUUCCGGCCGUUGUUCUUGGCUCUGUGCUUGCUCUUUUGUAUUACGUCUCCAAAAAUAAUUCACACUUCGACUCCGCUUUCUUAAACAAUGCUCUUAGAAAACUAUCCCUUAGUGAGAGUACCAAUAAUAACUUACUUUUUGGAGAUGCGUAUAGAAGUAAGGUUUUCUUCAACUAUGAGAACCGCAUACGGUUGCAUAGUCCACCUGAAAAGGUUUUUGAAUACUUUGCAUCUUGUCGUACACCAGAACCUCUUAUGACUCCGGCAGAUUUAAUGCGCGCAGUAGUUCCUGUUUUCCCUCCAUCAGAAUCAAACCUUGUUAGAGAAGGACACUUGAAAGGAGAAAGAAGUCCUGGCCACUUGUUUUGUCCUCCUUCAGAUUUUUUUAUGCUUUUCGAUGUAAAUGGCGACGGCCUUAUAUCUUUCAGAGAGUAUUUAUUCUUGGUAACACUGCUUAGCAUCCCAGAAUCAAGUUUUUCUGCAGUGUUUAAAAUGUUUGACAUGGAUAAUGAUGGAGAGAUAGAUAAAGAAGAAUUCAAAAGAGCUGUGACAUCAAUUCGAUCUCAUAGCAGGCACGGUGUUCACCGAAGGGAUGAACGACUGACAGAUGCUUCAAUAGAAGAUGGAAGGAUGGUGGAAUACUUAUUUGGUAAAGACGGAAAAGGACGGCUCAAACAUGAUAAAUUUGUGAAGUUUAUAAGUGAUUUGCAUGAUGAAAUUUUGAGGCUGGAGUUUGUUCAUUAUGACUUCAAAUCUCAAAAAACCAUAUCAGCCAAGGAUUUUGCACACUCCAUAGUCGCUUCUGCAGAUGUGAGUCAUCUGAACAAGUUACUCGAAAGGGUUGAUGAAAUGAACGAUGAUGCACGGUUCAAUAACAUAGGCAUCACAUUUGAGGAGUUCAAGAAUUUUGCCGAACUGCGGAAAAAAUUAGUACCACUUUCAUUGGCUCUUUUCAGUUUUGCAAAAGUAAAUGGCCUUCUAACAAGAGAUGAUUUUCAACGAGCUGCGUCAAGUGUUUGUGGUUUAUCUCUCUCUAACAAUGUGGUGGAGAUUGUUUUCCAUUUGUUUGACACAAAUGGGGAUGGAAAUCUUUGUUCAAAUGAAUUUGUUAGAGUGCUACAUAGGCGAGAGAGAGAUGUUGGUCGAACUGUGGAGACAGGAAUCAUUGGUUUCUUGUCAUGCUGCUGGAGCUGUACAGACACAUCUCCAUAUUCACAGUUGUUUUCCUGAUUGAACAUGCACAUACUCAUGGUAGCAAAUUAGUGACAGCGAAAGUCCUAAACAAACUAAGCCUGCACUAAACAACAUGCCAACUUCGAAUUUCUUAUCCUGUUAGAUGACAGAAGAACUAAAUU